CUUUCUUUGAUUUGUUCAUUCUGAAUGUGAGUUAUUUAAGUGAAAAUUGGGUGAAAGUGAACGCAAUGUGGUUAAAGCUGGGCGGGAUUGCCCUUAUCCUGGCCCUUAUUGCCGAAUCAGUGGAGAGUUUUGUCAAUGCCCCCAAAAUCAUCAGCAAAGAUGGUAACUUGAUAUUCGAAUCGGGUGCCAAUCGGAAUAUUAGUUUUCGUUUGAGUGGCACCUCCCGUUUUCUGAUCAACGAGGAGUACGAUGUCCUUGAGCUCUUGUUGGCUACGGCUAGUGGCAAAAAGGGCCCAAACGACGAUAAAGAGAAUUGGGAUGCCAACAAUGAUUUCGCCGAUUUACGUGAUCUGGCCAGUCAAUUGCAGACAUUUAAGAGUUCUGUCUUUGGUGCCAAGGGAUUGAGAUCAAAGGUCCAAGAAUUACAGAACAGAACAAGGACUUCUAAAAAUGAGAUGAACCGGAUACGUGAACGUCUGACCAUUGUGGAGAACAAGGUGACAGUCCUCAAGUCCCAACUAUCGUUGGACAGCUGUCGGAGUGGACCCUGUCAGAAUGGUGGCAAGUGUUACAAUACCUUCAAUGGUUAUCGCUGCCAAUGUCGCUCCACAUUCGAGGGGAUUAACUGUGAGAGUGAUGUCAAUGAGUGCGCCCUGUAUGAUGGCAGUGAUCUGGGCUGCCAGAAUGGAGCUCAGUGUGUGAAUCAAUUCGGUUCGUUCAGUUGCCUGUGUGCGGCCGGUUGGCACGGGAUACACUGCACCCAACGUAAGGGUGACUGCCUGCAGUCUAGCUCCUGGGAAUUAUGCGGACAUGGCAGUUGUGUGCCCAGCAACGAUGAGCUGGGCUAUCGUUGCCUCUGCGAUCAGGGCUGGAAGAGUAAUGGCCUGAGUCCAGCAUGUACCGAAGAUGUGGACGAGUGCAGUGAAUCGGCCGCCCAUACGCCCUGCUCCACGAAGUGCAUCAAUUUGCCGGGCAGUUUCACUUGCGGCCCCUGUCCAGCAGGUCUCACCGGUAAUGGAGUCAGUUGCCGAGAUCUGGAUGAGUGUGCCGUGAACAAUGGUGGCUGCAGCCUGAGUCCAAAAGUGGAUUGCAUCAAUACAUAUGGCUCGAAUCAUUGCGGUGCCUGUCCGGUGGGCUGGAUGGGGGACGGACGCACUUGCGUGAGAGAUCCUCGACAAGGUUCUGCCAUUGGCAGCAUAACCAGCUGCUCCCGCAAUACCAAUCUUUGCCAUCCGCGUGCCACUUGUGCCGAGAUCUCAAACACGGUGGUUUGCAGUUGUCCGGCGGGUAUGAUAGGUUCGGGCUUUGGUCCGAAUGGUUGCAUCACCGGCACAGCCAACAAUUGCGAUGGCCUGCCCUGUCUGAACGGUGGCACUUGUCUGGACGCGGGUAUGUCCAAUUUCACUUGCCUGUGUCCACGGGGAUAUCGUCUGCCGAUUUGUGAACCGCUGCCCAAUCCCUGUACCAGCCAACCCUGUCACAAUGGCGGACGCUGUUCACCCACACCAAGCACCAGCGAUGGCUUCGUCUGUCAGUGUAUGCCCGGCUACAGGGAUCGCUUGUGUUCCACCCGUUUCAGCAGUUGCAAUGAAAUGUUAACUGCCCCCAGUGGCAGUCUACGCUAUCCGCCGAAUGGUCAGAGCUAUAAUUUGAAUAUCCAGUGCGCCUGGGUCAUACGGACGAAUCAAUCGCUGGUCGUGAAUGUUACAUUCAAUAGUUUCGAUAUAGAGGACUCGACUGAAUGCCGCUUCGACUGGCUGCAGAUUAAUGAUGGACGGUCGGCCAGUGACCAGAUAAUUGGACGCUAUUGCGGUCAUCGUUUGCCAAAUGGCGGCAAUAUCAUCUCAUCGGGUCAUCAGUUGUAUAUGUGGUUUCAUUCCGAUAAUUCGACAUCCCACAAGGGCUUUGAUCUCACCUGGCAGUCCAUUCAGCCGCAAUGUGGUGGCCGUUUCGAGUUCGACACGCAUGGAACAUUGGCCUCGCCCGGUUCGCCGGGUAACUAUCCAAGGAAUCGAAACUGCCAAUGGCAUUUGGUGGCCUCGAGUAGCAAACGAAUCAAACUGACAUUCUUUAGUCUUCAAUUGGAGCAGCAUGCGAAUUGUAAUUUCGAUUAUGUCGAGAUUCGGGAUGGGGUCUCGGGACGUCAAUUGCACAAGUUCUGCAGCAGUGCAGAACCGGCUCCACCGCCUCUACUCUUGGCCACUCAUGAGGCCAUUAUUGAUUUCCAUUCGGAUGGGAAUGGCACUGACACUGGCUUCCAAUUGCACUAUUCAGCCGAGGAACGAAUUCCCGGAUGCGGUGGCGUCUAUACCUCUAAAGAGGGCAUCAUCAAAUCACCAAUGGCCAUCGAUCCUGGUAAUGGAGAUGGAAGCAUAUCAUGUGAAUAUGAAAUACGCAUGGCCGUGGGCGAAUCGAUAUCCAUUGAGUUUACCAAAUUUGACAUGGGCCCAGCAAACUGCCUGGAACUGUACGAUGUCACGGAUGAUUCCACAAAUCUUUUCCAGGCCAGUCAUUGUGGUGAAUCUGGUCUGCAGUUGCCGCCUUCGUUUAACUCCAUGUACAAUCGAGUGCUGAUCAAAUAUUUGGCUACUGGCCAGGGAUCGAGUAGUUUCGAGUUGAGCUAUCGCAUGUCCUGCUCCUAUGCGUAUGACAGUCCCACAGGCACCAUAGUCUCUCCCGGUUAUCCCAAUUUAACGAACAGCGAGAAAAUCUGCACCUAUAAGAUAACAUUGCCACCCAAUAUGGUGAUAGCCUUGACUCGAAUUGAUUUUCAGCUGGAGGAUAGUUCGCUGACUACUGAUGACUACACGGUUGACCAGGCUGAGUCCUGUGGCGAUACUGAUCUGAAGAUUAAUGAUGGAUUAAAUCAGAAUAUUCUUGGGCCAUUCUGUAGCCAUUCACCUCCUGAAGAGGAAAUUCUAAGCCAAUCGAAUAUGAUGAUCCUUAUUUUAAAUACCGAGACGAGCAGCAGUGGUCGUGGCUUUAAAUUUAACUAUCGUUCGGUGCCAAUUGGUACUGGCAAAUGCGGUGGCAUUCAUACCAAAGAGGGCCAGAAUAUACGCCUACCCACCGGAGAGGGAAAUAAAUAUGCCAACAAUCAAAUCUGCACUUGGGUGAUUGUCGCGCCAGCAAAGAAGGGCAUUAUGUUGCAUUGGAACUAUUUACAAUUGGAGAGCCUCACAGAUUGCUCGGCCGACUAUGUGGAAGUGUACAGUGGCCUUCGCACCGACGACAAUAGCAAAAGUUUGGGUCGGUAUUGCUCGAUUUUACACGCACCAUCCGAUAUGGUGGUACAUGACCGGCAUGUGACUAUCAGAUUUGUAUCGGAUUACAGUGACACUUAUGAGGGCUUCGAGUUAUCGUAUCGCUUUGUGGAGUUGCAAUCCUGCGGUGGACACAUAAACGGCAUAGAGGGUGUCCUUACAUCACCUGAAUACCCAAUGAAUUAUUCAUCCGAUUUGGAUUGUCAUUGGCAUUUGACAUCGCCAAGAAUGACGCGAAUGGCAUUGCAAUUAGAUAUGCUGGAUCUGGAGGUGUCCAAAGAUUGUAGUCACGAUUUCAUUGAAAUACGAAAUGGUGGCUACAAUACCUCAUCGUUAAUUGGAACAUUUUGUGGACAAGAUUUUCCCCGUAUUCUGCCUGGUUUCACAAAUGAAAUGUAUAUUCGUUUCCAUUCGGAUGCCUCUGUCAGUGGGCGCGGUUUCCGGUUGCACUGGCGUGUCCACUCCAUUGGUUGUGGUGGCAGAGUCCCGGGCAACAAGGGUGUCAUUACCUCACCAUCCUAUCCAGAACCAUAUAUGCACAAUGUCGACUGUGAGUGGGAAUUGCAGGUACAUCAGGGCUCUGCCAUCGAUAUCACAUUCGAGGAUAUGGAUAUAGAGGAUCUGUUGAAUUGUAAUUACGACUAUAUUAACAUCUAUAGCGAUCGGCGAAUGCAGCCACUGAGAUCUGUAUGUAGUCUGCCCAAUGAACGGAGUCGUCACAUGUUCAUUGAUUCGAGUGUGGCCACCGUUGCCUUCCAUUCGGAUUCUAGUAAUACGGGUCGUGGUUUCCGUCUAUCGUUCAAUGCCAAUUGUCUUCGCAAUCUGACCAACCUAUACGGCACAGUUGAGAGUCUCAAUUACUUGGAACCACUUCUCAACGCGGAUCACACCAAUUGUAAUUGGACAAUACAAGCUCCGCGAGGGAAUCACAUACGUUUGGAGUUCUCGCAUUUCGAGCAACUUCCUGAAUUGCUACCCACAGAAUUGUCCGGUGGUGUCUAUCUGAUUGAUCAGGGUAAAACAAUGAAAAUUAUGGAACCAGGAAUGAUCCAUAAUGCCACAGGCAAUGUUUUGUCCAUUCUACACAACUCGAGUAAUGUUAAUUUCCAACUGGAAUAUCGCAUCGAUGGCUGCCUUGGCGAAUUCCGUGAGUCUAGCGGUAGCUUCUCAUCACCCAACUAUCCAAACAUGUAUCCCAAUAAUCUGGAAUGCUAUUGGGUAAUACAUGUAGAAAUGGGACAAGCUAUUGAACUGACUAUAGAUCAUUUGGAUCUCGAGGAGAGUACCAAUUGCACCAAGGAUGCCCUAAUAAUUUCUAAUCAUCCGACAGAGUCCUCUACACAUGAACGGCAUUGUGGAGUUACGCCCCAAUUGGUGAUCACCAGUGUUGGCCAUAAGCUGCAUGUGCGUUUCACUAGUGACGAUUCGCACAAUGGGCUGGGCUUCCGAGCGACCUAUCGAGCUGUGAAAGCAACUUGUGGCGGUAAGCUGACUGCCAGAAAUGGGGUCAUUGAAUCCCCCAACUAUCCAAAGAAUUAUCCGGCUGGUUCCCAUUGUGAGUGGCUUUUGGAAGUAUCGUUGCAUCAUCAAAUCAUUUUCGAUAUGCAAGAUAUGGUCUUGGAAGAGGGUUACGAUUGUAGUUGGGAUUACUUGGAGGCAUUUGAUAUGUCACCCGGUGAUGGCCUCGAUGAUACAGAAGGCGAUCGCAUUUUCAAAGUGUGUGACGGCUGGAGCAAUGCCAGAAAUCGUUCCACUUCCAAUACAGCCUUAUUACGGUUCGUUAGCGAUGAUUCGGGUUCGCGUAGAGGUUUCCGUCUCCAUUUCCGUGAGUCAUGCGGUCAGACGGUGGAUGUCGAUGAAACGGAUUUCGAUUAUCUUAUGAUGCAAAGACAGGCGGCCCGCAACGAGUCUUGUGUUUGGGUACUGAGAGCCACUGAUCCCGGCAAACAUAUUAUCUUUACACCAACUGAGAUCCUACUCCAUCCGGAGGCGUCGCAAAUGUAUCCAAGCGAGGGCGAUUGCAUGCCGUAUGGUAUUCAAAUAUACGAUGGCGUCGAGCCAAAGGGAACACCACGUACACGCUUCUGUCAUUCCCAUCCACCGGCCAUCAUCUCGAAUGGACGGGCAUUGACAAUUAAAGUGCCUUUAAAUGUGGUUGCCGUAUUCGACGGCCACUACAUGACAAUGGACACGGCCUGUGGUAGCCUUUAUACGGCAUUGUCUGGACGUUUCACUACCCCAUACUAUCCAAACAGCUAUCCGACAAAUAUAGAAUGCACAUGGGUAAUACAGGCCAUUUCGGGUAACUCUUUGUCACUGACAUUCGAAUCAAUGGAUCUGGAGCAAUCGGAUGGUUGUAAUAAUGACUAUGUCGAAGUACGGGAGGAGAGUGCGACAGGUCAGUUGAUUGGUGUAUAUUGUGGCAAUCAGGUGCCAAAUGUCUUAAGAGUCAAGGGAUCCAUAUGGCUGAAAUUCAAAAGCGAUAACGAUGUGGUUGGUGAAGGCUUCAUGGCCUCCUAUAACUAUGAAUACCACAAUGAGAUCAAUGGAACAGAGGGCGUUAUUGAAUCACCAAAUUAUCCGGCUAAAUUCGUAUCCAAUCAAGUCUAUAGCUGGCGUGUGACAGUGGACAAGGAAUAUGUCAUUGUAAUUAACGUUCAUCACAUAAGAGAUGUGGAUCAUUCAGAGCUCAAUUUCUAUGAUGGCUAUUCGGACAUUGGGUCCAAGCUGGAACAUCUGCCUGGCCAGCCACUGACAUCGAGCACGAAUGUGGUGUACUUCACCACGACGCGGGGUCCCUUCGAAUUGUCGUGGCAACGGUUGUCCAAGGAAUCAUUGCGAUCCAAUCGCACAGCGGAGGAACAGAGCCGGACAUGUGGCAAUCAAUUGGUCAAUAUUAAUCGGACUGUCAUCAGUUUCAAUUCGCCAGGCUAUCCCAGUGGAUAUGCCACGAAUUUACAAUGCUCUUGGAAUCUGAUUGCCUCCAAUCCGGCAAUGCAUUCCGUACUUCAGCUAAUCACUGUCGACUUGGAGCAGAUCGGUGAUCCAGAUGAUUGCAAUAUUGAUUAUCUGCGGAUCUCGUCCAGCGGAGAUAUGCAAAAUUGGCGAGAAUUGGCCAGGAUUUGUUCGAAACCGAAUGAUACCAAUCGCAUGUAUCAUGGUCAGCCUUAUCUCAAGUUGGAGUUCAUCACGGAUGCCAGUGUCAAUCGUACGGGCUUUUCCAGCCUGAUAAAAACGGCCUGCGGCUCCGAUUUGUCCGACUCGCGCGGUUUUGUCAACAUAACCCAGCUGAGUGGCUUGGUUUCGAUGUUGGAGCAAGAUUGUGUCUGGACAUUGCGUGUACGUCAGGGUAGACGCAUUCGAAUCACCUUCCCGGACUCUCAAUUGCAAGAUCCGAAUACCAUAAUUGGUGAUGCCUCAUCCGAUUUGCAAUUAUGCCGAAAUUAUUUCAUGAUUCGCAAUGGUUUUGCCGAAGAUUCGCCAUUCCUGGGGCGUGGCAAGUACUGUAAUAAUGGUAUAACCGAUAUAUUGGAGACAACUUCGAAUAGAGCAUACAUUAAAUUCCAUCGCAUGGGCUUCCCGCGUUUCCGGGCCUCCUUCCGUUAUGAGGAAUUAUCGUCGGCAUGCUCGAGACACAUUAUCCUGGACAUGGAAACACAAGCGCAGGUGAUUAACUCACCCAACUAUCCCAAUUUGCCGCAUCCCCAUUCCGAAUGCGUGUGGACAAUAACUGUGCCAUCACAUCAUCGCAUUUCCCUGGAAUUCACUGGCAAAUUCGAGUUAGCACCGCCCGAGAGUCCGGACAACUGCCAGCGGGAAUAUAUCCAACUGAACGAUGGCAGCACUGAGCUGAGGCCGCAGCUGGGACGUUUCUGUGGAUCACAAACACCAGAUACCAUCUAUUCAUCGGGCAAUCAGAUGAGAAUCAAAUUCUAUACGGAUGUGGCAGAGCCUCAUCAAGGUUUUAAGGCCACUGUGAAAAUUGCCCGAUGCGGUGGCUCCUAUUACAGUAGCCAGGGUAUCAUUAAUUCACCAACGGCCGAAGAACUGUCUCGGGCCAGUGAGGUGUUCCCCAUCAAUGAGUGUGUGUACACCAUCGAGAUGGAGAAGGGCAAUACCAUUCAAUUGAUAUUCGAUACAAUGAACUUCCCGAUAUCGGAUAAUUGCACAACCGAUGCUCAUUUGCAGCUGGAGGAGAUCGAGGCAUUUGGUGAGGAGGGCACCGAAGAGAGGGAAAGCGAUCGUUUGCACAUUUGCGGCACUGCGAGCAGACAAUUCACCGUAGAGACGAAUAAGAUAAUCAUACGUCUCGUUGUACCGCAAAAAGUUUCAAUACCAAAAAAUGUUGGCUUCCAAUUAACCUAUAAGACGGUGGGAUCCCGUUGCGGUAGUAAGAUACGAGCCCAACAAGGAAUUCUCCAAACGCCUGGCUAUCCGCUGGGUGUCAUCAAGCCCAGCCAUUGUGUUUGGAGCUUGGAGGUAGCCAAGGGUCAACGCAUCAAAGUGCAAAUUCUCGAUUUUGAUACGGGCGGUGGCCGAAAUGGUACCAUUAGUAGCUCAUUCCGUGGUCGUCUAAUGUUCGCCAACGAUCAUAAGAUGCAAUCCGUGUUGGGAAGAUAUACAGAGAAUCCACCGGCUGAAAUCAUUUCGGCCGACAACACAAUGGGCAUAGAUGCCUUCCUAUUGCCCUUCACUCGACAUCGGGGAUUCAAGUUACGAUUCAGUGCCUAUGGCCAGAGCGAAUGCGGUGGUCAAACUGAUGUCGAAGCUGGUGGCAAUCUCUCAUUCGAUCGUACCAAUGCCUCGAGUCUAGUGUACUGUAAUUAUUAUAUGACGCCACCGGUGAAUACGACCUUGGUGCUUCAGGUGAAGGAAUACAAUUCCACAAACAAUCCAAUGAUGCGGAAUACAUACAUUUGUGCGGAAUCCUCACCGCUGAAGCUAAUGCGAAUGCGACAAUCGGAAGUCCUUAUACCCAAACUGCUUUGCGAUCCGAAUGUAGUCUAUCCGUUGACUGUCCGCCUGCCGUUCCCCAUGCAGGUGACCGUUUCGGGCAAUACUCGCAAUCGCAUGACCCGCUUGGCCUUCGACUAUAGGCUGAUGCAUUGUGGCGGCGUUAUUCCCUUGGAUCCUGGCGAUAAUCUAACCAUUAAAGAGCCACAAAUUGUUAGCGACUCGGCGGUGGAUUGUGCAUGGUCAAUUGGACCCGAUGGGCUGAUCAGCGAUGCCGAUUCAGCGGAUGUCCAGCUGGAGGUGUCGUUGAGCACACAAUUGGCAUUGGAUUGCGAGAAGGAGUACCUUUUAGUGCGCAGUGGACCCGAUCAGAAUUCACCGCUUUAUGGAAAGUAUUGUGGUCAAGCCACCGAAGCGAAUAUUGUGGUGGAACGUGGCCUGUUUUUCGAAUAUCACUCACCGCACUCCAAUCCCAAUACCACGUUCAAUGUGACCGUUAAAUAUGGCUCCGGUUGCGGUGGACACCUACAAUAUCCAUAUCGGCAGAUCGAUUUCAAUGAGCAGUACAAAAACAAUGUGGAAUGCAUCUGGGAACUGGAAUCGGAAGUGGGCUUUCACAUUGGUUUAUUGUUCGACGGUCGUUUCUAUAUCGAGGAUAGCAAGAAUUGCUCUAAAGACUAUCUGCUCGUCCAGCAGCGGGAUGAUCAGGAUGCCAACAACACUGGGAAUUGGACAACUCUGGCUAAGAUAUGUGGCCGUAGCCCACCUAAAUCCAUUAACACCACAUCAUCGGCCAUGCGUCUGAUCUUUCGAUCCGAUGGCGACGUCUUGGGCGAUGGUUUCGUUGCCAAAUUCGAAAGGAAUUGCGGUGGCAUCAUUUAUGUGGAUAGUGAAAUGAAAUAUUUAACCAGUCCCGGUUUUCCCUUACGCUAUGAGACUAAUCUCAACUGCAACUGGACCCUUGUGCCGCGAGAGGAGAAUGCUCCGGGUGUAUGGGUCAGUUUUAUAACUUUCGACUUGGAGCAGGCGCCCACAAGUGUCUGUCUAUUUGAUAAUCUCACUGUGAUUACACGAGAUGAGUCCGAGAGCAGCGAAGCCAUCAUUUGUGGUGUCAAGCAGAAGCAUGAAUAUCGCGCCAAGAAAUCCAUUUCACUUAUCCUACGCACCGAUAAUUCGUUCUCGGGUCGUGGCUUCCGACUCGCUCAUAGUACCCAACUCUGUGGUGGUGUCGUGAAUCGUACAUCCAUCAUUGAAUCGCCACGCCAGCACACGGACAACACUUUCCCGCCCAAUAGUAAUUGCUAUUGGAAUCUAACUGCACCCGAGGGCAAGAAGUUUAUCAUUAAAUUCGAAAUGCUGGACUUUGAGUCGCAAUCGUUAUGCCAAUACGAUGGCGUGGACAUCUAUGCUGGACGCGUGCCUGAUGAGAGGCAACGUCGUGGACGCUUCUGCGGACGCGCUAUCAAGGAUCUACCCAUUCUCAGUAUAGCCCAGAAUCGGGCACUCAUUCAUAGCUAUUCUGAUGGUCGGGAUCCAUCGCGAGGAUUCCGUGCCGCCAUUCGCAUCAUUCCGAAUUGUGAUGAGCGCAUUCUUGUGAAUGAUAGCCGCAGCUACAGCUACACGAAAUACUACAAUCCGAAUGGCUACGAUCCGAAUCUCGAUUGUCAUAUCGUGUUUGAGGCUCCUGCCGGUUAUCAGAUACGUUUGGAGUUCCGUAACUUCCAUGUGCAGCAGGGCACCAGCGAUUGUCCAAAUGAUUAUGUAGAGCUGCGCGAUGGAGCUGGUCCCUUUGCGGACUCAAUUGGCAAAUUCUGUGGCAAUGAUCUACCACCGACAAUUAGCUCAUCUCAGCAUACAAUAUUCCUGCGAUUCGUCACGGAUGACUCAAUUAAUGAUUCCGGUUUCGAUUUGAUUGCCACUGCAGAACGUAGUUCAUGUGGCGAAUCGUCAAUUAGACUCUCUAGCAGUACGGGUGCGACACAGGCCACAAUCAAUUCUCCCAGCGAAGCGGGCAGACGUUCGGGACAAGUUGUAGUUUGUUAUUGGAAGAUUACGAGUGAUAAGCCGGUGCAUUUGAUAUUUGAUCAAUUUGAUUUGGAUCAAUCGAAUGUGAAUGGUACUUGUGAUGGGGACUACGUUAAAUUAUAUAAUAGUGAGGACGCCAAGAUGAUCAGCGAUGGCUAUGGCAGUGAAUUGGUAUUUGAUGGCCAUGCGGCUGGUCAAAAUUAUUUGAAUUUUGCCACCGAACAUGUCUAUUGUGGCAAAGUCAAGCCGGAUAUCUACUAUGGCAACACGAAUGCGGUCUAUGUGAAAUCCCGUUUCAAUGCGACUGCAUCCAAGACGGGUUUCCGACUUACCGCCAUCGUGGAGACGGAUUGUUCCCGUCACUUUGAGGGCCUCCAGGGACGCAUCAAGUUCUCGGAAACAAAUAACUGCGAUAUCCUCAUCAAAGCGCCCACAAAUCAUACACUAAGUCUGUAUUUCACAGACAUUCUCAUUUACGGAUCUGACUGUAAUGAUGAGUAUAUUGAAAUGUUUGACAAUGCCAAUCAUUCAUUGCAUCGACACUGCUCCACCAUGGACACGAAAACGAAUCUUUUCACCCGCACAAAUGAAGUGCGUGUACACCUAAGAUCGGGGACAUAUCUGCUUAGCUUCGACAUGACCUUCCUUGCUAGUCCCAUUGAAGCGGAAUCCGGUUGCGGCGGCCAGUUCUAUAAUACAGAGGGAAUAUUCGCUAAUCCCUACUAUCCGGAAAAUGUUCGCAACAAUUCCGAUUGCCGAUGGAUAGUGCGAGUGCCUAGCAAUAAUCGGGUCCUACUAACAUUUGAGGACUUUAAUCUGGGCUCAAAAUCUACUUGCCAUACGGACUUUUUGCAAAUAUUGGAAACAAAUGAAGCCACCGGCGCAGAGACGGAAAUGCGUCGAUUCUGUGGCGAGGAUCAUCCUCGUGUAUAUAAGAGUAAUCGCAGUCAAUUGGUUAUUAGAUUCCACAAGAGUGUUAAUUAUGAUGGCAUCGGUUGGGUCAUUAAAUUCUCUGGAGUCUAUGCCAACUAUGAGAUACCACGUUACUUAUUAUUAAAUUAUUAAAUAAUAAUAUUUAUCAACUACCUA